GUAUUCUCCACCAUCUCUUCUCUCCCUCACAAUCUCGUCCCUCUCCCAUCGUCCUACCCACUGCCAUGGUUUCUGUGUUGAGGGUGGUUUCCGGGUGAUAGUGGUGGCAUGGAGAUCGAGAGGUUGGUGAUGGUGGCGGAGGGAGUGGUACAGUGAGGGGAAGGGUUGGAGAACAAAGAGAAGAAGAUGAAGUAGAUUUUUCCAGAAAAUAAUUUCUUUUGUUUAAAAAACUAAAUUUUGAAUUUUUUUUUUAAUUUGAAAAUACCUGUAACCGGCUCAACCUCUCCUUAUGUAACUUUACACAACCAAAAAGUAAAUCCUCGGACAUGACCUCAUGUUCCAGCUACCAAACAUACCAGCAUUACAUUGGGUUGAUGAAAAACUUGUUUAUUUAUUGUUAUCAAAAGUAAACCAAGCAUUUACAUUAAAAUCCUCAAAACCAAUCCCGCAUUUACACCUUUCCCUUUACCCACCCAGAAUCUUCCUUUUUAUCUCAUCUUGCACUUCUGGGUAUGAACCAUAUUGUUCCCCCAAUACUUUACCCCACUUGAAUCCUAUGUUGCCAAGCUGAAAUCUGAACUCAAGAGUGCUGGAGUAACUUGAAAAAAGAGACUGAAGGGUGACUUGUUACACACUUUCAAAAGUUUGUUCCUUUUUCUGGUGAGGUAGUUUUAAUAAUGUCUGAGCCCAUUUUCUGAGAGCUGGGUCCCAAAUCAAAAGGUUUCAGUUGUACCCUAUAGUUUUUGUUAUUUCAGCUCCCAAAUCAUGCAUCUUUAUAUGAAAACUUAGAUCCUUUGCUUAUGUGCUAACCAUUCUUCCUAAAGAAGAUUAGUUUUGGUUCUGUUGGCCAGCCACCAAACUUUGUCACUGCAUUCUUAUCUUGUAAAGAUUUGUGGGGUGCUGCUUUCUUGUUUGCAACAUAUCUGUUGGAGCUGAAUUUAGAUAGAGACUUGGUUCUUGCCGACAGGUGUGAGCAGUUUCAAAGUUUGAUUUUGAUUUGCCAGUUCUGAAAAAGCAUGAGGAAAAAUGCUAUUUUUCAUUCAGGAAGGUUAUAUAGUGACAGGAAGUGGGUUCUCCCAUUUUUUGCUAGCUUGCUGGUAUCUGUUAGUCUGGUUUUGACAGCUAUAUUGGGGAGAGGUAGCUCUUCUGGCGGGUCGGAGCAGUCACCGUUUGACAUCAUUGCAUUAUCAAGAUCUGAGGAGGAUUCUAGUGAGUAUUUUGUGGAAUCAGAUUUGGAAAGGUCGCUUAAUGCUAAUGUGGUUCAGAAGAUGGAGGCACCUAGGUUGGCAUAUCUUAUUUCAGGCACUAAGGGUGAUAGUCAUAGGAUGAUGAGGACAUUAGAGGCAGUGUAUCACCCAAGAAAUCAGUAUAUCUUGCAUUUAGAUCUCGAGGCGCCGCCCCGGGAGAGGUUGGAAUUGGCUAAUACAGUGAAAGCUGAUCCAAUAUUUCGAGAAAUAGAGAAUGUGCGUGUUAUGUCACAGUCCAAUUUGGUGACUUAUAAGGGUCCUACGAUGAUUGCGUCCACACUUCAAGCAAUAGCGAUAUUAUUGAAAGAGAGCUCACAGUGGAACUGGUUUAUUAAUCUCAGUGCCUCAGAUUAUCCUCUUGUGACUCAGGAUGAUUUGCUUCAUAUUUUCUCUAAUCUGUCAAGAGACCUCAAUUUCAUUGAACAUACACGAAUUGCUGGUUGGAAACUGAGCCAUCGAGCGAGGCCGAUUGUUGUUGAUCCUGGCCUUUACUUGUCCAAAAAAUCUGAUAUUGCAUGGACUACUCAACGAAGGACACUUCCUACAUCUUUUAAGUUGUUUACUGGUUCAGCUUGGGUUGUGCUGACCAGGUCCUAUUUGGAGUACUGUAUAUGGGGAUGGAAUAACCUUCCACGGACUAUCCUCAUGUACUAUACAAAUUUUAUCUCCUCCGCAGAGGGUUAUUUUCACACUGUCAUCUGUAACACCGAGGAGUUUCGCCGCACUGCAGUAAGCCAUGAUCUUCACUACAUUGCUUGGGACACUCCCCCAAAACAGCAUCCCAUCUCAUUGACUAUGAAGGACUUUGACAAAAUGGUUAAAAGCAAGGCUCCCUUUGCCCGGAAGUUUGCGAAGGAUGAUCUUGUCCUCGACAAGAUUGACAAAGAACUCCUGGGCCGCACACAUAGAUUUUCACCUGGGGCAUGGUGCAUUGGCUCCUCAGAUGGUGGGGCAGACCCGUGUUCAUUGCGUGGCAACGAUACAGUGUUUAGGCCAGGCCCUGGUGCUGAGAGGCUGAGUGAACUGCUUCAGACACUGUUGUCUAAAGAUUUUCAAAGCAAGCAAUGUUUGUGAUGAAGGUGUAAGUGUAACCCUCAAACCAUGAUAAGGUUAAGUGUACAUAACUCAUAAGCGUGCCUUAUAUAGUCAUGUAUUCAAGAUGCAAAAGGUCAGAAUUUUGUUUUGUUUUCUAUAA